CACCAAGGAGGUGCAGGAAGGAGAGUCCGCCCGCCGCGGCCCGCCCGCCGGCUCCACAAACACCCCUCGCCGGUCCUCCAAUCUCCCAGCGAGAAGAAAGAAAGAGCGUCCCCGGAAACCACCGAAACGCUGGGGUAGAGCGGCACAUGUUUUGCCUCUUUGCCGGUCCUCCUCGGUGGCCGUGCUCCUGCGCCAAAGGACCUUGGGCUCCCCCUCUGCCCGGGCGGCUAGCGGGAGCUGCACGAAGCUGCAGUGGGGAAGUCGGCGGCGUUACGUUGCAUUGACCCAGAGCUCUGAGACUCCUCAGCACAAUGACUCAAGCAGAAAUUAAACUGUGUUCUUUGUUGCUGCAAGAGCAUUUUGGAGAGAUCGUAGAAAAAAUUGGAGUCCACCUAAUCAGAACUGGCAGCCAGCCACUAAGAGUUAUUGCCCAUGACACAGGAACAUCGUUGGAUCAGGUAAAAAAAGCCCUUUGUGUCCUCAUCCAGCAUAACCUGGUGAUAUAUCAAGUGCACAAACGUGGUGUGGUAGAGUAUGAAGCCCAGUGCAGCCGGGUGUUGCGAAUGCUUAGGUAUCCCCGGUACAUCUAUACUGCCAAAACACUGUACAGUGACACUGGAGAGCUGAUUGUUGAGGAGCUCCUGUUGAAUGGCAAAAUGGCAAUGUCAGCUGUCGUGAAGAAAGUAGCAGAUCGGCUCACAGAGACUAUGGAGGAUGGCAAGACCAUGGACUAUGCUGAGGUCUCAAACACAUUUGUGCGACUAGCAGACACACACUUCGUGCAGCGUUGCCCCUUGGUGCCUGCCACUGAGAAUUCAGACCCUGGGCCGCUGCCACCUGCCCCCACUCUUGUCAUCAAUGAAAAGGACAUGUACCUGGUUCCUAAACUGAGCUUGAUAGGGAAAGGUAAAAGGAGGAGAUCAUCUGACGAAGAUGCAACUGGGGAGCCCAAGGCCAAGAGACCAAAACAUACCACAGAUAACAAAGAGCCCAUUCCAGAUGAUGGGAUUUAUUGGCAGGCCAACCUUGACAGAUUCCACCAGCACUUCCGUGACCAAGGCAUUGUCAGUGCAGUUGCCAACAGGAUGGACCAGGUGAUAUCUAAGUGGGUGGGACAGUGGCUAUCAGGAAUAUUCACUUAUUUGCAGAUGUGGCCAUUGGCAUAUAGCCAGAGCCAGCACAGCAGAGUGAAUUCUGAAUUCCAGUUCACUUUUCAAACCCAGACCAGCAGCGAGAUCGUGCGGACCAUGCUCCGGAUGAGUGAGAUUACCACUUCCUCUAGUGCCCCCUUCACCCAGCCAUUGUCUUCCAACGAGAUCUUCAGAUCCCUACCUGUUGGCUAUAACAUCUCUAAGCAAGUUCUUGAUCAGUAUCUUACUCUGCUGGCAGAUGAUCCACUUGAGUUUGUUGGAAAGUCUGGCGACAGUGGUGGAGGAAUGUAUGUCAUCAACCUACAUAAGGCUCUAGGAUCUCUAGCCACAGCCACUCUGGAGUCGGUCGUACAAGAGAGGUUUGGGUCUCGCUGUGCCAGAAUAUUCCGUCUAGUUUUACAAAAGAAACACCUGGAGCAGAAACAGGUAGAAGACUUUGCAAUGAUUCCAGCAAAGGAGGCAAAGGAUAUGCUUUAUAAGAUGCUCUCAGAAAAUUUCAUAUCACUCCAGGAAAUUCCCAAAACGCCAGACCAUGCCCCAUCCAGGACCUUCUAUUUAUAUACUGUGAACAUCCUGUCAGCUGCCCGAAUGUUGCUGCACAGAUGCUACAAGAGUGUAGCCAACUUGAUAGAAAGGAGGCAAUUUGAAACCAAAGAAAACAAGCGUCUACUGGAAAAGUCUCAGAGGGUAGAAGCCAUCAUUGCAUCUAUGCAGGCUACCGGUGCAGAGGAGGCACAGCUACAAGAAAUAGAGGAGAUGAUCACAGCCCCUGAACGCCAGCAGCUAGAGACCCUGAAACGUAAUGUCAACAAGUUGGAUGCCUGUGAGAUCCAGGUGGAUGAAACCAUCUUCCUGCUGGAGUCAUACAUCGAGAGCACCAUGAAGAGACAAUGACCCAGAAGAAGAGUCUUCCUCAGAAGAUCUGAGGGGAUUGGAAGGAAGAAUAAAGGAGGUGCUUAGAUGCAUUCUUUGCAGUAGGAUAAGUUCCAGAUUCUUGUACUGAAACCCUCUCUCUAUCCCUACCACCCAGAAUACACCAGAAAGAGUUUGACAUAUUUUUUUAA